GCGUGCGCGCUGGUCCGGCUCGUCCCGUUCCGUCCCAAUCGUUGUAAACAGGCGGAGCUGGGCGGGGUGGGAAUGGGGCGCCCGAGGCCAGCCUGGGGCGCAGCGCAGGAGGCGGCCGCGGCGGCUGCGGCGUGAGCGCGAGGAGGCUGCGGCGGGGCGGGCGGGCGCGCGGCAGCGGGCACAGGUGUAAUGGAUAGGUAACAGAGAAGACCUCUUCCCUUUCUCAUCAGGGCGUCAGCAUGACUGAGUGUUUCCUGCCCCCCACCAGCAGCCCCAGUGAACACCGCAGGGUGGAGCAUGGCAGUGGGCUUACCCGGACGCCUAGCUCUGAAGAGAUCAGCCCUACUAAGUUUCCUGGAUUGUACCGUACUGGGGAACCCUCACCUCCUCAUGACAUCCUCCAUGAGCCUCCUGACAUAGCAUCUGAUGAUGAGAAAGACCAUGGAAAGAAAAAAGGAAAAUUUAAGAAAAAGGAAAAAAGGACUGAAGGGUAUGCUGCCUUUCAGGAAGACAGCUCUGGAGAUGAAGCUGAAAGUCCCUCCAAGAUGAAGCGGUCCAAGGGAAUCCAUGUUUUCAAGAAGCCCAGCUUUUCUAAAAAGAAGGAGAAGGAUUAUAAAAUAAAAGAGAAGCCCAAAGAAGAAAAGCAUAAAGAAGAAAAGCACAAAGAAGAAAAGCAUAAAGAAAAGAAGUCGAAAGACUUGACAGCAGCUGAUGUAGUUAAACAGUGGAAGGAAAAGAAGAAAAAGAAGAAGCCAAUUCCGGAGCCAGAGGUGCCUCAGGUUGAUGUUCCGAAUCUCAAACCCAUUUUUGGAAUUCCUUUGGCUGAUGCAGUAGAAAGGACCAUGAUGUAUGAUGGCAUUCGGCUACCGGCAGUUUUCCGUGAAUGUAUAGAUUACGUAGAAAAGUAUGGCAUGAAGUGUGAAGGCAUCUACAGAGUAUCAGGAAUUAAAUCAAAGGUGGAUGAGCUAAAAGCAGCCUAUGACCGAGAAGAAUCUACAAACCUGGAAGAAUAUGAGCCAAACACUGUAGCUAGUUUGCUGAAACAGUAUUUGCGAGACCUUCCAGAGAAUUUGCUUACCAAAGAGCUUAUGCCCCGAUUUGAAGAGGCUUGUGGGAGGACCACAGAGGGCGAGAAAGUACAGGAAUUCCAACGCUUACUCAAAGAACUGCCAGAAUGUAACUAUCUUCUGAUCUCCUGGCUCAUUGUACACAUGGACCAUGUCAUCGCAAAAGAACUGGAAACAAAGAUGAACAUACAGAACAUUUCUAUUGUGCUCAGCCCAACUGUGCAGAUUAGCAAUCGAGUCCUGUAUGUGUUUUUUACACAUGUGCAAGAUCUCUUUGGAAAUGUGGUACUAAAGCAAGUGACGAAGCCUCUGCGAUGGUCUAACUUGGCCACAAUGCCCACACUGCCAGAGACCCAGGCAGGCAUCAAGGAGGAGAUCAGGAGACAGGAGUUUCUUUUGAAUUGUUUACAUCGAGAUCUGCAGGGCGGGAUAAAGGAUUUAUCUAAAGAAGAAAGAUUAUGGGAAGUGCAGAGAAUUUUGACAGCCCUAAAAAGAAAACUGAGAGAAGCUAAAAGACAGGAAUGUGAAACCAAGAUUGCACAAGAAAUAGCCAGUCUUUCAAAAGAGGAUGUUUCCAAAGAAGAAAUGAAUGAAAAUGAAGAAGUUAUCAAUAUUCUCCUUGCCCAGGAGAAUGAGAUCCUGACUGAACAGGAGGAGCUUCUGGCCAUGGAGCAGCUUCUGCGCCGGCAGAUUGCCUCAGAAAAAGAAGAAAUUGAACGCCUCAGAGCCGAGAUUGCCGAAAUCCAGAGCCGUCAGCAGCACGGCCGAAGCGAAACUGAGGAGUACUCCUCUGAGAGUGAGAGUGAGAGUGAGGAUGAAGAGGAGCUGCAGAUCAUUCUGGAAGAUUUACAGAGACAGAAUGAGGAGCUGGAAAUAAAGAACAACGACCUGAAUCAGGCAAUCCACGAGGAGCGCGAGGCCAUCAUCGAGCUGCGCGUGCAGCUGCGGCUGCUCCAGAUGCAGCGGGCCAAGCCCGAGCCGCCGGGGCCGGAGGACGAGGACCCCGAGCGCCGCGGGGCCCCUGUCCAGCCGCCCAGGGACGGCGCCCUCGAGGCGAAGGCGGCGGCCGGCAAGGAGCCAGCGAAGCCCUCGCCCAGCAAGGACAGGAAGGAGACGCCCAUCUGAGCGCGCUGGGAGGCCGCGCAGGCCCGCGCCUUGCCGAGAGGCCCCGGGCACCCCGCUGUAGCACUGAGGGCCAGGCCCGCUCUCUCGCCUGUACAUUCUGUAAAGAUGUCUCUCUCCUCGAGGCGCUUCCUCUCCCGCGCGUCUGACUUCUUCACGUCAGGCUCAGGUUCCACGAGGACGAAGCAAUGGACGUGGUGGGCUUGUCGGGGACAGAUGAGUUUUCCAGAUAGUGUCGGCUUAUUCGAAGAUUCAUUUUCUCUGUUAAAGUAACUAUUUUAACCCUUGAGUGGCUUCUUUUUAAACCAAAAAUCGUCUUUCUUUGCUUUUUUAUCACAGCAGAAUCAGGAUCUCGUUCUCAUUCAAGGGGGGGAACCAACCAGGCCAGUGCCGCACCUGCCUGUGGACCGCCCCGUCGCGCCCCCAGGAUCUCUGUGUACCUAGUCACUCUUGCUUGUGCCUUUCACACCUUUUUGGUGCAGAUUAUACAAUGGGGGGAGCUGCCUCGUGUUCUCUGGCCAGAAUAGCUUCUGCCGGGUGUUCCUUGGCCCGCCCUGUAACUCUCCUUGACAGUUCUAAACCACAGCCCCCAAGCCUGAGUCACCAGGACAGGCAAGUUUGGUCACAAGACAGGCUGCCUGUGGAGCCGCCCACCCGCCCCGGGCAAAACAGGCCACAUCCUGCUCCUGCCGGCCACUCACUGCCAGUGCCCAGAAAAGGCCUUUCACUGGCUUGGCGAAGGUCGUUGCCUUGACCCGUGCGUUCACACAAGGGUGUUUCUUAAACCAGAAAUCUUUUACAUGACUGACCUUCCAUUAAAAACACAAUGACUCCGAUUGCUUGCUUGGGCUAGAAUGUACACGUCUCCUUGCCUGAAUAAGCCAUAUGUAUGCUCUUAAACAAAGGUUUGACAUUAUCCAUAUCAUCUCAGCGAACCUGCUGGUGGACUCCCAAAUGACAAGAUUGAGCAAUAGGAAAAAAUUCCUUUAAUGAUAGCUGUGAUUCAUCCCACCCCAUUUUCUUGCUUCCAACCCAUCGGAUCAGAUGGGUGCUCGAGGCUUCCAGGAGGCCGGGCUUUGGAGGCAACAGACUGCAGUCGCGCUAUCAGGAUGCAUGGCACCAUGAGACAGGCCAGAUCUCGUGGCUCGGAAGAGAACCCCACACAUGCUCAAGGGGCGGGACAAACCCCACACGAGGGCUCUCUCCUCCUCCUCCUAGUUAGUAUUUAUUUUCGCACCUGUUUGAUGCGGUUUUUUAUCCUCUACCUAUUGCACUGUUGUGACUUGUUGGCCAUUGUUUGAUUUUUGUAUGGAAAAAAAGCUUUGUUAUAGAAAUCAGCAUACUAUUUUUUUAAAUCUGGAGAGAAGAUAUUCUGGUGACUGAAAGUAUGGUCGGGUGUCGGAUAUAAAUGUGUAAAACGCCUUCUUGCUGUCCUGUUGGUCCUAGUACAUUAACUUUAUAGCUGCUGGCAAUAUCGGAGGUUCCUUUUUUUUGUUUGUGUAAACUCUAAUUUCUGUCAAGGUGUCAUGGAUUUUUAAAAUUAGUAUUUCAUUACAAAUGUCUCAACAUUGGUUAACUAAUUUUUGCCAGACCAUUAUUGAUCAAGCAAAUAAAUUCAACAGCCUUUUGGGAAAAGGAGAA